AUGCACAACGAACUAAGGUUUUUGCUAAGCUUUGGAUUAUGUAACGGACAAGGUAACUUCUGGAGGGUUAGUUCCUUGGCCCCACAGCAUCGCUAUGAUUGUGGUGAAUAUGGCAUGCAGUUGCUUGUGUUUCGUAGCCAGGGUCAAAGCAUCCGCUUUAAAGUUGUGGAUGAGUUCAGAACAGCCUUUGAAGUUACAAAUUGUUCCAGCUGCCUUCAUUGGAUCACAUCAAAUGAAGAUGGGGCUGCCAUUUUCUCUGCUGGCUACAAUGGCUGCCACGUACUGAAAAAGGAUGGCCGCAACCACUUGAAAGUCCAAAUAGAGGAGCUGGCGAGAAAUGGCCGUGUUGCUGCUACUCAUGACAUCGAUAUGGUCUGCCCUAAGCCAGAGCACAUUCCAACACCAGAUGGCAACAUGCAUCACGUGCCACCCCAGCCUGGCCCGGUGCGCCCGCGGCCUGCUCAGCCCCAGCCUGGCCCGGUGCGCCCGCGGCCUGCUCAGCCCCAGCCUGGCCCGGUGCGCCCGCGGCCUGCUCAGCCCCAGCCUGGCCCGGUGCGCCCGCAGCCUGCUCAGCCCCAGCCACCACAGCCCGGCCCACUGCCUCAGCUCUAUCCUUCAAUAUACAACAUAGGUUCCCCGCUAACACAGGAGCAGUGCCAGGUUUCAUCUGGGAAGGUUCCCUGUGCAGUUGCACAAGGACCAGCUGCUUGUUACCAGGCAGGAUGCUGUUAUAAUGAAGGGGACCAAACUGCUCAGUGUUACUAUGGCAACACAGUCACUGUUCAGUGUCUUCAGGAUGGUCACUUCAUCCUGGUUGUCUCCAGGCAUAUGUUGGACUACCCAGUUAUCCUCGAAAGUGUCAGGCUGUCUUACACCCAAGCAGGGUGUGAUCCCAUGAGAAGAACAGAGGAUUUCCUGGUCUUCCACUUUCCCCUGACACAGUGUGGCACAACAGUCCAGGUGACUGGUGGUAGAUUGAUAUAUGAAAAUCAGCUGGUAUCUGGCAUUGCCAUCUUAAGUGGGCCAGACGGCUCUAUCACACGAGACAGCACUUUCAUUCUCCAUGCUCGCUGCAUCUACAAUGCCGCUGACUUCCUGCCAGUCCAGGCUGAAGUCCUCUUGCCUCCCACCCCAGCUCCAGUUUCCCAGAUGGGGCCUCUCCGGCUUGAACUGCGCAUUGCUACAGAUGUCAGCUACAAAUCCUAUUACUCGGAUGGAAAUUAUCCUGUGAUGAAGGUACUCGGGGACCCUGUGUACAUGGAGGUUCGCAUCCUGCAGAGAAUGGACCCAUCCCUGGUUCUGGUUCUGCAUGACUGUUGGGCUACUCCCAGCACUAAUCCCUUUGAGCAGCUGCAGUGGCCGAUCCUGGUGGACGGGUGCCCAUUUGAAGGAGACAACUACAGAACCCAGCGGGUGCCCCUGGGGCCUGCCUCAUCCGAGCUGCCAUUUCCCACUCACUACCAGCGCUUCAUCAUUUCUACUUUCACAUUUGUGGAGUCUGGCUCUCAAGUGGUGCUUGAUGGCUUGGUGUAUCUCUUCUGUAGUGUGUCUGUCUGCUACCCCUCACCACUAGAACCAUGCAGGACCUCAUGCCAAAGGCCAGUGGCUUCAAACAUGGUCUCCAGUGUGAAUGUGACCCUGAUGUACAUGGUGGUGCUGUCAUUGUUGGGUGUAAUCCUGUUUGUUGCUGUGCUAGUGGUCUGGAAGAAAAGCAGGACGACAAGCAGGAUGACAAAGCUCUAA